CGGGAUUAUUGGUGAAGGGACUUUCCAGAGAGAGUUCAAUUACAGAAAGUUUGAAAAUGACCACUGUACCAGAACAGGGAGAGAAACGUUACGACCAAAAUGAUCAAACUCUAAAAUUUGUGCAAGGAAAAGAUGAUAUCACAGGAGACUAUGAUCCCAAUAUUUUGCGGGCAGAAAUGUCCUGCAAACAUGCAGUAGAUCCAAACUCACUGACUGCAUGGUGUCGGAGCCUUCUGGAUCGGGGUCAGUACAAAUUCUACUGCCCAGCGUUGAAAGAUGAUGGACAGGCAUGUGGACAGGAAUGGCCCUACCAUGAAGUUCGCAAGCUGGCAGUACUGACCAGAGAGGAGCAACUGCAUUUUGAGGAAACAGUUGCUGUGCUGGCUGCAGCUGAGUACUGUGAAUACAAAUCAUGUUCUGGAUGUGGAACAUAUGUUGAACGCACAGACCUGAGUAACUUGAGUGUCCGCUGCACUAUCUGUACUGCAGAAAAGGGGAGUGUUUACGAGUUCUGUUGGCAGUGCCUGAAACCAUGGAAGGGACGUGGCCCACGUUCUGACAGAUGUGAUAAUGAAGGGUGCACCAAUGUGGAACUGGACACACUACGCCUUUGCCCAUUAAUCAACCUCUUAGAUACUGUAGUGAAGAAUUGCCCUUCCAUUCGAGCCUGCCCCACAUGUGGUAAGCUGCUCGAACACAACCUAAAGGGAUGUAAAAAUAUUAUCUGUUGCAGGUGCCAAGUUGAAUUUUGCUUUGCCUGUCUGGAGCUAACAGAAGUUUGCCAGGCAAAAAAACCAGAAUCCUGGUUUGAUCUCUGUGCUGGAAGAAUUGCACCAAGGCAAACUUCAAUUCCGACAUGGAAUCGAAAUCGUUCUCAAUAAAUACAUUGCAUAGAAAAUAUGGCACUACAUUCCACCUGUGUAUUGAUUUCACUCAGUUUUACCUUACUAUAACCCCUCCAACCUUUUUUCUCUCUUUAAACUGUUGGACCUUUUGUUUGACACUCAGAUCUGAACUUUCAUCCUCUGCUCAAAUAUUAAGCCAAAAAUCUUCAGCCCCAGCAGAGACAUCACUUCCUUGCCACUGGCUUUAAGCUUCUCCCUAACAGAGUCUAAACUAGAUUAUUUGCAACAUUGCCUGAUUUGAGUUGAUUUUCAGAUCUCAUAUCUCUAUACCACCAUUUCGGUCACCUACUUCCACAAUUGUAACAUGACACAUUUCUGCUUCUGCUUAUAAUCCAUGUCUUUGUGACAUGUAAGGUUCACUAUUAUAGUGAAUUUAUUAUAGUCACUAUUAUUUGGAGAGAAGGAGGAUGAGAGGAGACAUGAUAGAGGUGUACAAGAUAAUAAAAGGAAUAGAUAGUGGAUAGCCAGCACCUCUUUCCCAGGGCACCACUGCUCAAUACAAGAGGACAUGGCUUUAAGGUAAGGGGUGGGGAGUUCAAGGGGGAGAUUAGAGGAAGGUUUUUUACUCAGAGUGGUUGGUGUGUGGAAUGCACUGCCUGAGUCAGUGGUGGAGGCAGAUACACUCGUGUAGUUUACGAGACUACUAGACAGGUAUAUGGAGGAAUUUAAGGUGGGGGUUGGUUAUAUGGGAGGCAGGAUUUGAGGGUCGGCACAAUGUUGUGGGCUGAAGGGCCUGUAAUGUGCUGUACUGCUCUAUGUUCUAUAGUGAACACUUGAUGGCAAUCUUCUCUCUGUAGAUUUGUACUCAAUGAAGUCUCUGAUGCUUAUGUCCAAAUUUCCACCAGCAUUAUUCCCAUCAGCUACAUUGCAAUUAAGAACCUUUUUAACUUUGAAGCUUUUAUCAUUUUCAAAUCUUUUCAAUGGUCUUGUCCUCUUUCUGUAACCUGCUCCUGCCUUACAAACCCCCAAGAUAUCUGACGUCACUUUAAAAUGAACAUUGCUGACUUUCAUAGCUUCCUCACUGCCAGCUGCCGAGUCAUUAAAAUCUGUAGUCCAUAUCAUUCUUACAAUAUGCCAAGCAGAAACAGGGACUACACUUAAUUAAAUACACUUCUGGCAUUAUAGUGACUUACAAUGUCACAUCUGUUCCUAUAUAAAUGAAAAUCAUUUUCCCUUUUUAUCUCAUAUAGUUGGUUGCACAUUAAGAUCAGAUUCAAUGCAAAUAUUAUGGGAAACAUUGCAAAGGAAGAUGUUGCUUAUUUUGUAAUUUCUACAGCCAAAAGAAUUCACUGUGAAUGAUAUGUUUAUAAUAUGUUUAUAAUUAAUGACAUGAUGUUUAUUCAAUAGCAUACGAAGCAUUGUUUUGAUUAUUUGAUGUUAAAUCUUUACAUUAUUUGAAGAACUUGCAUCAACUGUGCAUUUUUACUCAUCACAUGAUCCUGCUGAACAUUAAGAAUUUAAAGUACUGCAGGUCUACCACAUCAGCGAGUUUCUCACUGGGGGAGAAAGUGAAGGAGCUGUGCAUUGUGUCGCUGCCUGAGUCGAAGGAGAUGUGCAGUCUAAUAGUGAGUGACUAUCUCGGUCACUUUGCUUGUGACUGCAAGACUCUUUUGGCCAUUGUUAAUAUGAAAUGCUGCAAGUUCGAUUCACUGAUUUAUUGGUGGAGGGGGUGGGGGGAAUGGGAGGGGGCUGCAUGGGCUCGUUCACAGCAAGGACUAGGCCUCAAGCCACCAUGUUGGCUGUUUACUGCCACCAGGAGAGAGGCUUCAGAGCCAGUACGCUCCACCGGGGGUGGCAUGGUGCAGCAUCCAGGCUGGAGUCAGUGUCGCCCCCCAGUGUCACUCAGCAGAAGACAAACUCUCUUGUGGUUGACUGCAGAUUUCUGCAGCUUUGGCGGCUUGAGUUUCGGCUCUUUUAUUGUGUGGCUGUAUCUUACUGAUACCUUUAUGUUCUUGCUAUCUUAUUUGUGCUAUGGGAGCUUUGUGUGUGUGAGACUGUUGGUAUUGUGUUUUGUACCUUCACCCCAGAGUAAUGUUGCUUUGUUUGGCUGUAAUCAUGUAUGGUUGAAUGACAAUUAAACUUGA